CGUAUGUGCUGCAGUCCCUCUCUAAUGUGUGGAGCCUGUGUAUCUAUAAAACCCUCCUGGCUCACACAUGUUCCUCUUGUGUGUCGUUAGUUUCUGUGAAGUCACAGUGUGUAGCUACAGGUCGAUGAAGGAGGAAACAAGAGGCAGCUGCUCGGUUCAUGAAAUGGCCGCGUGUCGUGUCAGCCGUUAGUUAGGGCGGUCACACUGGGUUCAGGCCUCAGAGCUGCUGUAAGAAACAGGGUGUGAAAUGAUUCAGUGUGUGUCAGUCUGCAGUGAUCUCUGACACUGGUGUUAAUUUACUCUCUGACAGAAUAACCCGAGGAACGUGUGUGAGGACCUCUUACAGUGUUUAUGUGACACACUCAGAGGAGUUUCAUCAGCAGCUUGUCCUUUACACGUCAUAUACACUCUGUACAGUAGGUGGCGUAUGAACCAUCCACCGAUGGCGUAAGAGAGAGUGUUUGCGGAACAGUGGUUAGCAUCAGUGUGUAGGAGGCAGCAGUGUGAACUACAUGUCAAUUGAAGUAUGUCUCGUAGCUACAUUACAUUUGGGCAACUUGUGGCUCUGAUAUCUACAUGGAUACUGUGUCUGUCAGCAGCAGACUCUUCUGUUGUACACGUGCACCCUGGAGAUGACGCCACUCUGAGAUGUGAGGCUGGUGAUGUCUCCAACUUAGCUGUAGAGUGGACCAGACCUGACCUGGAGCCACAGUACGUCCUCUUUUACAGAGAUGGACACUUCGACACAGCCUUCCAGCAUCCAUCCUUUACAGGCAGGGUGGAGCUGGUGGACAGAGAGCUGAAGGGCAGAGACGUGUCUUUGACUCUGAAGAAUGUGACCAGCAACGACUCUGGAACAUACGAGUGUCGAGUUAAAUCAGGUGGAUUUACACGUACAAAGAGAGCCAUCCUCAAGACUGAUCCAAUCGGAGUCAUUGACCUGGAGGUUACAGAUUCAGAGAAGGAAAACUCCAUAGGUGGAAACACAGAGAGUGAACACCCCGUAAAUGGACCCUUCCCUCAUGGACACGUUGGACUGGCAGUUGGACUGGCAGCAGGAGGUGUUGCAGUGCUUCUUGUAGCUGCUGCAGUGUUUGUUGCUGUCUGGAGAUAUAAACGACGUACAGACCAGAGAUCAGAACGGCCUGCUGAUGAUGAAGCAGGAACCGAUCAGCUCAUGUGUACCUCUGCUGUUUGAGACUGUUCCUCAGGUCUGCGCCUUCGGACCAGGGACACAACAAAGACUGCACCUGGAGCCACAGCUCUUUCCAGCCUUCAUCUGCCAACUAACGAAUGCAGCACACCACAAAGUGACUCUUUCUUCCAUCCACUCGUGGAAAGUAGCCUCCAAAAUCUUGACCAUGUCUGGCCUUAAAAACCUGGCAGGACAAGCUCGAGCUCACUUCUCUCACUGAACAACAAAAAGUGGGGAGAGGGGAAAGAGGGAAAGAAGGAGAAACUAUAAAACUUAUUUAUUAAGUUGUGAAACACAGAAAACUCAUUCAAGCUGUUGUUACACUUUAUUUUUUCUAAAAUGAAUGACUUUAAGAUGCAAUUUUUCAAAAACUCUAUUUUCUCACUUUUAUUUUUAAAUGUAUAUCUGUAUAGUUCAAUAUUAAGUGACAAUAAAUAUUGUUGAAAUGUU